AUAAAUUUUGAACUGUCAAAACCAAAUGUCAGCCUAAACCGAAUAACGUUUAUCACAGUUUGCGUUGUUAAUUUUGUGUUAAUUUCAUAAGUGUGUGUUAAAAUUUUGAGUAAUACCCUUAAAUAGUCGUAGAUAAUUGCAUGGUUAGAUUUGAGCCUUGUGAAUAUCGAUGACCUUCGGUCUGGAAAACAUUCGCUAUAAGUUACUAGUAAAUUCCCACGAUGAGUGAGACCGUAAUUGGAAUUGAUCUCGGAACAACGAAUUCGUGUGUUUCCCUGCACAUUAACAACAAACUAAAGAUUCUUGAGAACAACGAAGGAGGAAGAAUUACUCCUUCCUAUGUAUUUUUCACUGACCAGAAUGCUGUUAUCGUUGGACAAUACGCCAAGCGAAUGGCCGAUGUCAAACCAGAAUACGGAAUUUACGAAAUCAAAAGAUUAGUUGGCCGGAAAUUUGAUGAUCCGUACGUAAAAAACAAUCUGACUUAUCUUCCGUUUCAAGUAAAAAAUAUAUCAAAUGAACCAGCGAUCAUAAUUCAGGGUAAAAACCAAAUACUCAAGAAAAGACCUCAGGAUUUGUGCACUUAUAUUCUGGAAAAAAUUAAAACCGAUUCCGAGGCUAAAUUAGGCCACCCAAUCGACAAAGCAGUGAUUACGGUCCCCGCAUAUUUUAACAUUGCACAAAGAGAAGUGACUUUAGCGGCUGCCAGGCAAGCGGGUUUUACCGUCUUGAAGUUAUUAAAUGAACCAACAGCAGCCGCUCUUAGCUACUACUACGAAAACAAAUGCUCCGGCGAUGAGCAAAGCUAUUCAUUGGUCUACGAUCUCGGAGGAGGUACGUUCGAUGUCGCCGUUUUACGCAAAAAGGGUUCAGAUAUCGACAUUCUUGGCGUCGAUGGAGAAACACAUUUGGGUGGUCACGACUUCGACAAUUUACUAGUUGAACACGUGUGUCAAAUUUUAAUUAGUAAAUAUAAUUACACUCCAAAGAAUGACAGAAGAAAUAUGAGGAGAUUACAUAAUGAGUGUGAAGAAGCGAAGAAAAUCUUAUCCAUAUGUGAAGACACAACCAUAAUAUUGAACGCAUUUAUCACCACUCAUAACUCAAUUGAAAUACCAAUAACUAGAACUGAAUUCGAGAACUUGGCUAAAACACUUUUUGGGCAAACAAUUGAAAUUGUAGAUAGAUGUUUGAUCAAAGUCAAUUUAACAAAAAACGAUAUUAAGGAAGUCAUAUUGAGCGGUGGAUCUACGCGUAUCCCCAAGAUUCAGACAAUGAUCAGCGACUAUUUCGACGGGAAAAAACUGUGCAAGUUUGUAAAUCCAGAUGAGUGCGUAGCGGAAGGAGCUGCUAUUCAAGCGGCCAUGCUAUCAAAAAAUCCAGCCCAAGAGAUAUCUCAAAUUAAAGUUACAGAUGUUACCGCUCUAUCUUUGGGUAUUAGUAAUUUUGUAGAUGCUAUGACGUUUUUGAUCAAACGCAAUACCCCUAUUCCGACAAGCAGCACAACCAAGCGUAUCACGGUAUACAACAACCAAACAAAUAUGACUUUUGAUAUUUAUGAAGGGGAGCGGGUGGAUGCUAAGAAAAAUCACUUCUUGGGUGUUUUAGAAAUAAGUGAUUUGACACCAGCACCCCCUGGUCAGUGUGCGGUUGCAGUUACCAUGAGUAUUGAUCAAAAUGGUAUCUUAACUGUGUCAGCUAGAGAAACAGUCAGUAACAAGACGAAGGAUGUGAAGAUUGCAUAUACUCGAGGGACCAGAAGUGACACUGAGGUUCGGAAUGCGGUAGUUGACGCCAGGGAGAAUCAGGUAGAAGAUGAAAGAUUUAAUAAAUUUGCCGAAGUUAAAGGUUACUUAAUUAAAUAUUGUGUAAGAUCCAUGUAUAAUUUUGAACAAAAGGGACUUACAAUGACAUAUAAAGAAGCUUAUGAUAAGUGUGCUGAGGCAGUGAAGACAUCGAAAAAUUUGGGAGUUGAAGACGAGCAAGAGAUUACGAAAUUAAAAAACGAACUUGUGUCAUUGUGCAGUCCUAUUGAGAAGAAAUACAAGUUUGUGAACAUGCCAUAAACAACAUUAGAAAAAAAAUGCUAUUACGUAACCAAUAUACAAUUUUACUCAG